GGAACAUAUCCGACCAACGAUCCCUUCUCCAUUCUGUGUUUCCUAUAUAAACAAGUUUCGACUCAACUCAAAUCACUUCACCACCCUUUUACUCUUCAGAAAAUUUCUCACUACCGAGGAAGCCAAAGUGAGCUUAAAUUUAGAAUAUUAUAACUAAAUUAAUAUUAAUUACUGUUAUCAUGGUGGAGCAGGGUGGCAGCGAAGAUCAGACCACGACGUUCAACAAAUAUGCCUUUGCUUGUGCUAUAGUUGCUUCAAUGGUUUCCAUCAUCUCUGGUUACGAUACUGGUGUGAUGAGUGGAGCAAUGAUAUUCAUCAAGGACGAUAUUGGAAUCAGCGAUACCCAGCAAGAGGUUCUUGCAGGAAUCUUGAAUCUAUGCGCGUUGGCAGGAUCAUUAGCUGCAGGAAGAACCUCUGAUUACAUCGGUCGUCGAUACACGAUUUUGUUAGCCUCCGUUCUGUUCAUGCUGGGUGCAAUUCUGAUGGGGUAUGGCCCCAACUAUGCAAUAUUAAUGGUUGGAAGGUGCGUUGGUGGUGUGGGUGUGGGUUUUGCUCUUAUGAUAGGACCGGUUUACUCGGCAGAGAUUUCCUCUGCAUCAUCCAGGGGUUUUCUAACCUCUUUGCCGGAGCUUUGUAUCGGCAUUGGCAUCUUACUUGGCUACGUAUCGAACUUCUUCUUGGGAAAAUUGACCUUGAAGCUUGGAUGGAGGUUGAUGCUUGGUGUUGCUGCGCUUCCUUCACUUGCAUUGGCUUUGGUUAUUCUGGCAAUGCCAGAGUCGCCAAGGUGGUUAGUGAUGCAGGGUCGUUUGGAAGGUGCGAAGAAGGUGCUAUUGAAAGUUUCAAACACCACACAAGAGGCGGAACUUCGGUUCAGCGAAAUAAAAGUGGCUGUAGGGUUUGAUGAGACGUGUGGCAAGGUCCCUGAGAAGUCACAGGGUGAAGGCGUUUGGAAAGAGUUGCUUGUGAGGCCCACACCGGAAGUUCGUUGGAUGCUGAUUGCAGCAGUAGGGAUUCAUUUUUUCGAGCAUGCAACUGGGAUUGAAGCUGUGAUGUUGUAUAGUCCGAGAAUCUUCAAGAAAGCUGGUGUGAGAAGUAAGGAUAAGCUCUUGCUUGCGACUGUUGGAAUCGGCCUGACUAAGAUAAUUUUCUUGUUGAUGGCUUUGUUUUUGCUUGACAAAGUUGGUAGAAGGCGGCUCUUGCAAAUAAGCACUGGGGGGAUGAUUUGUGGGCUGACACUUUUGGGUUUUAGUUUGACCAUGGUUGAUGAAUCCAGUAAAAAGGUAUUGUGGGCAUUGAGUCUUAGCAUUGCGGCCACAUAUGCUUAUGUUGCUUUCUUUAACAUUGGGCUUGGGCCUGUGACUUGGGUCUACAGCACGGAGAUAUUUCCUUUGAAGUUGAGGGCGCAAGGGGCUAGUAUAGGAGUUGCCGUGAAUAGAACCAUGAAUGCUGUGGUUUCCAUGAGCUUUCUUUCAGUCUCCAAAGCAUUCACCAUUGGUGGCAGCUUCUUCAUGUUCGCUGGUGUAUCUGUACUCGCUUGGUUCUUCUUUUACUUUUUUCUUCCUGAAACCAAAGGCGUGCCUUUGGAAGACAUGGAAAUGGUUUUUAGCAAAAAAUCCUGCCCUAAAAAUGUAGUAACAAAACCUGAUCCCAGAAAGAAAGAAGAAAAACGUAGAGCUAAAUUCCAUACCCAAACAAAACCCGACCAGUUUUUUUCAAUUGAAAUCCAAGAAAUGAAGGAUGAAGAGACACUCCCAAUUGCGAAAAAGGAAACCCUAACUUCAGAUUCAGGUUUAUUCGGAAGAGGAAGUUACAAAUUUUGGGCACUGGCGGCCAUUUUGCUCCUCGCACUGUGGUCCAUGUUCACCGGCACCGUCUCGCUCCGGUGGUCGGGCACGCUCAACACCUUCUCCCAUGACCUCCACGUGCCGCUCCACGACCACCUCGACGUCCUCGAAAUGGAGGAGAGAGAGAAGGUGGUGAGGCACAUGUGGGACGUGUACACGAAUAACCGUAGGACCAGGUUGCCUCGGUUCUGGCAAGAGGCCUUCGAGGCUGCGUACGAGGAUUUGAGCAGUGACGUGGCGGAGGUUAGAGACGCUGCCAUCGCCGAGAUCGCUAACAUGUCUCUAAGCUCCUUUGAUAUUCAAUUGCCUCCUGUCACACAUUCUACGAAAGCACAGGAAGUUGAUAAGAACCGCGAGCAAUUGGAGAAAGGUAAAGGUGUAACCUCCAAACGUGCAUAGAUAUUGGAAUGUGAAGCAACCAAAGGGCCGUGUUACCUGAAGCUUAUCUUGUGGUUCCCAGGCGGAGUCAUACUCCGGUUUUCAUGCAUCCGUAACACGGAAAAUUAUGUACUUUAUUUGGUUGUGAUUCUUUCAAAUUUUGCAGUCAACUUCAUAAUGUUCACUGUACUAGUAAAUUGGAACGUGAUAAAUCAGAUUAAAAGUAUAUUUCUGGUUUGAUUUCAUUUA